AUGGCCAAGGGUGAACCGACGAGAUUGUAUGUGCGAGGGUUGAUUUUGGGGUACAAGCGCGCGCGCACGAACCAAUACAACCACACGUCGCUCAUUAAGCUCGAGGGCGUGUCUGACGCCCCGUCGACGGCGUUCUACGGUGGUAAGAAGUUGUGCUAUGUGUACAAGGCGAAGACGAAGAAGCAAGGGACGGCGUACCGCACGAUUUGGGGCAAGGUGAUGCGGGCGCACGGAACGAGCGGCGUCGUUCGCGCGAAGUUCAAGUCGCAUUUGCCGUCGAACUCCAUCGGUGGUAAGGUGCGAUGCAUGCUUUACCCGUCGAACAUUUAA